AUGUCCAGUGAAGAAUCGACAAAGACCCCUGCCCAAGGCGCGGUAUCCGAGGCCCGCAAAGACGCUGUCUGGACGCCACAGGUCCGGCGCAAGUUUGAGACAAAAAGCAAGAGCGAGUACCUUGACCCGUGCCAAGAGGCAGCAGCGCGGAGCAUCCGGUGCCUGCAUCGCAACGGCGGCGACAAAGCGCUGUGCCAGGACUACUUUCAGUGA